GACUUAGUGCGCGGGUCGCGUGGCGGUGCGUGGUUGCUAGGGGCGCCUGAGGUCGCCCGCUCGCCCAGCAGGCCGAGCGAGGAAGCAACGCGGAGCCGGUGCCGAGCCUGGCGAAGCUGGGUCCUCUAGGCUGACAGACUUCAAGGAUGCAGCUGGUGCUCCUGGAGGUGUGUGGCACCUUACCUGAGGCAGGCCAUACCAUGUGGCCAUGAUGUGGGCGCCUCAUGGCCUCAGCAGGAAUAGAGCACUACAGUAUUGGCCUCCCCCGGGGAACCAGGUUCAAGCGAGGCAAUCCCUCAGGCACAGUGCCUGCCCCAUCACCUGAGAAACCCUCGGAGGGCAAAGUCUGGUCUCAGGCCCAUCAGCAGGUGAAGCCAGUCUGGAAGCUGGAGAAGAAGCACGUGGCCACACUGUCAGCAGGGCUGGGCCCAGGCCUGGUGGGGGUCCCACCUCAGCCAGCCUAUUUCUUUUGCCCCAGCAGUUUAUGUAGCUCUGGGAGCACAGCUGUCAUUGCAGGCCACGCCAACCCGUGUUACCUGCACACUCUUCCGGACUUGUUCAGCAGUACCCUGCUGUACCGUCGCUCCAACGAUAGGCACAAACCAUACCAGCAACUGGAGUCUUUCUGCAUGCGUUCAAGCCCAUCAGAAAAAAGACCUUUUUCUCUCCCUCAGAAGGGCCUCCCUGUCAGUCUUACUGCCAAUAGAGCUACUUCUUCCAGGGUCUUCCCCAUGGCCCAGCCCAUGGCAUCCUCAUCCACAGAUCCAUACCUCUCACUGGCAGCAGCUGGCGAGAACCCUUCAAGGAAGAGCCUGGCCUCUGCCACCUCAGGGAAGAUCCCAUCUCCACCAUCGUCCUCCUACAAGCCCAUGCUGAACAACAACUCCUUCAUGCGGCCAAAUAGCACUAAAGUGCCUUUAUCACAGACCACAGAGGGCCUCAAGCCAGUAUCCUCAUCCAAGAUCCAGUCUGUCUCCUGGCAUCAUUCGGGGGGUACUGGAGACUGUGCACCCCAGCCUGGUGACCAUAAGGUGCCCAAAAGCAUUAGCACUGUCCUAGAUGUUGCCACUCCUCAUAUCGCCCCAUCUGCCCCUAGUGGCCUCAGCACAUCCACCACCAGUGUUGCCUCUUCCCAGUACAACCGGAGUAAUAGCAUGGCCUUGAGGGCAGAGCCAUAUCCCUGUGGCGUGGAUGACAACUUGGAUUCCCAGACUCUAACUAAAGAGGUUCGAUUCACAGAGGCUGUGAGGAAAUUGACUACAAAAGGCUUUGAGAAGAUGCCACAUCAGGGUUACCAAUUUGAACAGUCUUCUGUUGUGAACCCCAGCUUUCAGUGGAGCCUCCUCAGCAGGAGCAGGCGGUGGAAACCUCCUGUGGGAGGCCAGCGGUUUCCUCAGGAGGAUGCUGGAACCAACAGUAGGAACCUCCCUGGUGCCUCAGACACCAUGGGGUUGGACAGUACAGUUUUCUGUACCAAAAGGAUCAGCAUUCACCUCCUUGCCUCACAUGCCAAUGGGGUCAACCCCAGCCCUGCCUGUGGGGCUGCAAUUGACCCCCCACCACUUGGAGAAGACAUAGAUCCCAUUCCCUCUUCUCCCCUUCAGCUCCCUGAAGUAGCUGAAGUGGCCACCCGAGUCUCUUCCAUCCAUCUGGGCCAGCCUGGGAAGGAGCUUGAGGAAGCUGGGGAGCUGGAUUUACCUACUAGGGGUAGUGGUUCAACUACUGACCUCCAGCCAGACCAGGCUGAGGCUGAAGAUACAGAAGAAGAACUAGUAGAUGGUAUAGAAGACUGCUGUAGCCCUGAAGAGAAUGAAGAGGAGGAGGGAAACUCUGAGUGCUCCUCAGUAAGUGGCAUCUCCCGCAGUGAAUCAGUAGCAUUGAUCUCUCGGAAUUGCAUGGAGAUUCUGACCAAACCCCUUGCCAAUCAUGAGAAAGUUGUCCGACCAGCCCUCAUCUACAGUCUCUUUCCCAACGUGCCCCCUACCAUCUAUUUUAGCACUCGGGAUGAGAGAGUGGAGAAGCUUCCCUGGGAACAGAGAAAGCUGCUCCGGUGGAAGAUGAGUACAGUAACCCCCAAUAUUGUCAAGCAGACCAUCGGGCGAUCCCACUUCAAAAUCAGCAAGAGAAAUGAUGACUGGCUGGGCUGCUGGGGUCACCACAUGAAGUCUCCCAGUUUCCGAUCAAUUCGAGAGUAUCAGAAGCUAAACCACUUCCCAGGCUCCUUCCAGAUCGGGAGAAAGGACCGGCUGUGGAGGAACCUGUCCCGCAUGCAGAGCCGCUUUGGCAAGAAGGAAUUCAGUUUCUUCCCUCAGUCCUUCAUCCUGCCUCAGGACGCCAAGCUCCUACGAAAAGCCUGGGAGAGCAAUGGUCGCCAAAAGUGGAUUGUAAAGCCACCUGCAUCAGCGCGAGGCAUUGGCAUUCAGGUCAUUCACAAGUGGAGUCAGCUCCCCAAGCGCAGGCCCCUGCUGGUACAGAGGUAUCUACACAAACCCUACCUCAUCAGCGGCAGCAAGUUUGAUCUGCGGAUCUAUGUUUACGUCACUUCCUACGAUCCUCUACGGAUUUACCUCUUCUCAGAUGGGCUUGUCCGCUUUGCCAGUUGCAAGUAUUCCCCUUCCAUGAAGAGCCUUAGCAACAAGUUCAUGCACCUAACCAACUACAGUGUCAAUAAAAAGAAUGCUGAAUAUCAGGCCAAUGCGGAUGAAACGGCCUGUCAGGGCCACAAAUGGGCACUGAAGGCUUUGUGGAACUACCUAAGCCAGAAGGGAGUCAAUAGCGAUGCCAUCUGGGAGAAGAUAAAGGAUGUUGUUGUUAAAACCAUCAUCUCGUCAGAGCCCUACGUAACCAACCUACUCAAGAUGUAUGUGCGGCGGCCCUACAGCUGCCAUGAGCUCUUCGGUUUUGACAUCAUGCUGGAUGAGAACCUUAAACCCUGGGUCCUGGAAGUCAACAUUUCCCCAAGCCUUCACUCCAAUUCUCCACUGGACAUCAGCAUCAAAGGCCAGAUGAUCCGUGACCUUCUGAAUCUGGCAGGUUUUGUUCUGCCCAAUGCAGAGGAUAUUGUUUCCAGCUCCAGCAGCUCCAGCACCUCCAGCAGCUCCAGCACCAGUCUGCCCAGUUCUCCCAAGGAUAAAUGUCGAAUGGCUCCAGAGCAUUUCACUGCACAGAAGAUGAAGAAAGCUUAUUAUCUGACCCAGAAAAUUCCUGACCAGGACUUCUAUGCAUCUGUGCUGGAUAUCCUGACACCAGAUGAUGUUCGGAUUUUGGUUGAGAUGGAGGAUGAGUUUUCUCGUCGUGGUCAAUUUGAAAGAAUUUUUCCUUCUCGAAUCUCCUCUCGCUAUCUCCGGUUUUUUGAACAGCCACGAUAUUUCAACAUCCUUGCUACUCAGUGGGAACAGAAGUACCAUGGCAACAAACUCAAAGGAGUAGAUCUGCUUCGGAGUUGGUGCUACAAAGGGUUCCACACGGGCAUCAUCCCUGAUUCUGCUCCACUGUGGACUCUGCCAGCAUCACUUGUAACUGUCCCAAAGACUGACGGAACGCUCAAUGCCUUUAGCAAACCGGAGCCAGGCAGGCUAGGCUCCUCCAAGGAAAACCUACAGCCCUCUGAAGAUAGGACCACGUGCAAGCCCAAAAAGACUCAAGCUGACCUUUCACCUUCCCCCAGGAAACCUACCUCCUCAAAGGACAGUGAGGACACCAGCAAAGAGCCCAGCCUUUCUGCCCAGACAAUACCUGUGAUCAAGUACUCUGGGCGGACUUCAAGACUUUCUGCUUCCUCCACUUCCCAGUCAACCAGUGACUCCCUCCUGACUGCUGUGAGCCCGUGACUGGCCUCCUCCACAUGCCCCUGCCUAGGAGCACCAGUGUCAGCUACCUCAUGGGAGCCAGCCUGCUGACCAACCUGAGCCCUACCUCCUCCGCAUGCCCCUCAUCAGAGUAUUUUUUGAAGUGGUUCUAUUGCAGAGAAGGGUAUCUGGAGGGCUGGAGGGGUGGGGUGGUGAUGGGGAGAAGGUGAGGAAGGCUCACUCUCUGUCACCUGUCUGCCUGGCUGGCACCUCAUAUCUCAGUAGAGAUGCUAGUGACAGCCAGGCAGCCUUAUAAAGCAGGGUUUGGUUUCUACUUUCAGAGAGCCAUGUGUGAUUUGUUGUAGACCUUGGUGCAGUGGUUGAACUGUAGCUCAAGAAGAGAAAGAAAACAUGCUGAACAUACUUGGGCCAAGAAGUCUCUUGUUAUGUAAUUGAGGUUCCCAUGUCAUACUCGGCACCCCCACCUCCCCCAACACACACAUACUGCCCUGGGAGCCACUUUCAGCAACCUUCAGAAUUCUUUAGUAAAUAGGCAGGAGAGCCCAUGAUGUGCUGGACCCAUUUCCUGCCAUCUUAGUCUUAGGGGCUUCACCACCUCCAGACCAUUUCUCCUUUCAUAUUCCCACCCAGCCAGUAGGACUUGGUCUUGCUGUUUGGACCUUACAUCAGUCCUUGUCCAGCCUUCUAGAUGUCCCUCUGAUAGAUGUUCAGCUGUUGACGUUCUGUGAGAUUCUAGGAACUUUGUGGAUUUCCCAUGACUCCAGUGGUGGAGCCCAAAUAAUUCCAGUUGCCAUUAUCUAGGUUCAGAGAUCAAAGAACCCAAUUUAGAGGGAGCGUGGAGGGAGCUGUGGUUUCCCCUCAACAUGUAGGAAGUCUCGUGCUCUGUUUUAUAGCAAGCAGGGUAUGGUGAUUUGGCAGCUGGUUUCAGGACAGUCACUGUUGUAGGAUGGGAUUCUGGUCAAAUCUCUGGCUAAACUCACUCAACUGAAUUUACUCUUCUCCCCAGACUCAGUAAACAGAGAGUGCUGAAUAAAUGUUGACUGAGUGAACUAUGAACACACAGAUCUCCAAGAACAUGAGCACCCAAACCAGAAGCUCUGUUUCUCUAUCCUGGGGAAGAGUGACACCCAGGGCCAGGGAAGCCCAAGGUGGGAGAGUUUAGAUCAGAAGGGUUGUUUUCAUUUUAACUGUGUUUCUCCCUAACCCAGCACUCCCUGGAUACUUCUCUCCUCCGCAGUCCCUACAUCCUUUAGUUUUCCUAGCAGUGGGGCAUAUCAGCCAGUUGGCCCCAUGUCUCUAAUGAGUGAGUUUGGCCCUUUGCAUAUCAGGCAGGAUGCUCAGCUACCGAGUCUCACCCUGGUCUUUAGCUGUCUUCAUUCCUUUGAGCUUUGAAAAGAUAGAGACUCCCCUCCAUGACUCCUGGAGUUCUGUGGCAAGUUGGGGUAGAGCCCUGGAAAGAUCACUGAAAGGCCUGAUUGGGUUCAAGGCCACAGGGCAGGUGGAUGUGCUGCCCAGUCCUAAGGCCAUGUUGACAGUUGUGUAGAAAGCUCAGUGGCAAAGCCUUGGGCAGCACUACUGCUCAAUAAUAAGGACUUCAAAGUCGGGCCUCACUGAAGAGGUUCUUGGCAGCUCUGGAAAAUCUAUUCU